UCAGUAACGUUCUCCCCGACUAUCGUAGCCUAAAACCCUAAUUUUCACUUGCUCUUCCUCGCCGCUCCUCAACAACCCUCCCUACUUCUUUGAUUGAUUACUCCUCUCCGGUUCUCCAAAAUGCCUAAAUCAUCCAAGAAGUCUGCCUCCAAGGUUGAUUCAACUCCUGCCAAAUCAAUCAAAAAAGGCAAGAGAGAUGCAGAGGAGAUUAUUGAAAAGGAAGUAGUGAGUAGCAAGAAGCAGAAAGUGGCCAAUGGUGGUGUGGCACAGGCUGUUGAGAAGAAGAAAGUUGAGAAAAAGACUCAAAAGAAGGUUGUGAAGAAACAAGAAAGCAGUUCAUCUGAAGAGAGUAGCUCAUCUGAAUCUGAUAAAGAACAGAAGAAGGUUAAGGUAGCUCCCAAGAAAGUUGAGGCAAAGGCCCCAAAGAAGAUUGUCAAGAAACAGGAAAGCAGCUCAUCUGAAGAAAGUUCAUCAGAGUCUGAGGAUGAAAAGAAGGUUGUACCCAAGAAGGCAGCCCCUGUUAAAAAACCAGUCAAGGAGCCAAGCAGUGAUGAUUCUUCUGAUGAAGAUGAACCAAAGAAGCCAGCUGCUGCGUCUAAGAAUGGCGCCGUUGCAGCUAAAAAGAAAGAAGAAUCAAGUGAUGAGUCUUCUGAUGAAGAUGAACCUAAGAAGCCAGCUGCCGUGGCCAAGAACGGCGCUGUUGCAGCUAAAAAGAAACAAGAAUCAAGCGAUGAGUCCGACUCAGAUGACAGUGACAGUUCAGAUGAAGAGGAUGCUAAGCGGGCACCUGCUGCUGUCAAAAAUGGCUCAGUUGCUGCUGCAAAGAAGGUAGAGAGUUCUGAUGACACUAGCUCAGAAUCGGAAAGUGAUUCCGAUGAAGAUGUAAAAGCUGCCCCACCAAAGAAACCUGCUGCUGCUGCAACGAAGAAGCAAGAGUCGAGCUCGGAUGAAAGUUCAGAAGAAGAAAGUUCAUCUGAUGAUGAAGAGCCUCCAAAGAAGAAGACCAAGCCGUCUGAGACAAAAGCAGUUGCAAAACCAGCUGCUAAAAAAGAGGAUAGCAGUGAUUCUGAAUCUGAAGAGAGUUCUGAUGAAGAGCCAGCAAAGCCACUAGCUGUAAAAAAGGCACCUGCUAAAGUUGAAGAGAGCAGCAGUGAUUCUGAAGAAAGUUCAGAUGAAGAGCCAGCAAAACCACAAGCUGCAAAAAAGGCUGAAAAGAAGGCUAGCAGCAGUUCUGAAGAAGAAUCCGAUGAAGAUGAAAGCUCCGAAGAGGAGGAUGAACCUAAAACCGCAAAGAAAACUGAUACGGAUGUGGAGAUGGUUGAUGCUCCAUCAGCAAAGAAAGCGCCUCAAACCCCAGCCACUCCUCAGACUUCAGGAAGCAAAACUUUGUUUAUGGGCAACUUAUCCUUCUCUGUUGAAGAAAAGGACGUAAUUAAUUUCUUCAAAGACGCGGGUGAAGUUGUUGAGGUCCGUUUUGCAAUGAAAGAAGAUCGAUUUGCAGGCUACGGACAUGUUGAAUUUGCCAACCCUGAGGCUGCCCAAAAGGCUCUUGAACUUAACGGUGAACCAUUACUUGACCGCCCGGUGAGACUUGAUUUAGCUAAGGAAAGAGGUGCAUACACUCCUGGUACCGGCAAUGAGAGGUCUUACCAAAAGAGUGCGCAGACUCCAGGACUAACAGCAUACGUAAGGGGACUUGGUUACGAUCAAGGCCUUGAUGAUGCUAAGAAUAGUCUUGGGGAACUCUUCGGCCAAUGCGGAGAGGUCACAAGGAUUUUUGUUCCUAUGGAUUAUGAAUCUGGCAGUCUUAAAGGGUUUGCUUAUGUUGAUUUUGCUGACCGUGAUGCCUUGAGUAAAGCUAUUGAUCUCAGCGGAACCGAUGUUAAUGGAAGCUACCUAACUAUAGAGGAAGCAAAACCAAGACCUGAUGGCGGAGGUUCUGGACGUGGGGGAGGUCGUGGUGGAUUUGAUGGUGGUAGGAGCGGUGGAAGAGGUAGGUUUGGUGGAAGAGAUGGUGGACGUGGUGGCAGGUUUGGUGGUCGUGGUCGUGGUGGCAGAGAUGGUGGUCGUGGAGGACGGGGUGGUGGCAGAGGCCGUGGCCCUAGCAGGCCAAGCAUGGCAACACCUGGUACAGGAAAGAAGACUACUUUUGGUGACGAUUAAUCUUGAGAGUUGGUAUUUCGGCGCUGAUGCUUGCUUGGCUAAAUUAUGUUUUUGUUUUUUUUUUCAAGUUUCAUUUCCGUAUGGACGAUUAUAUGAGAGAUUUUUGGCUAUGUAGUUUCUAGAUUAUCUUUAUCGAAGCCAGUAUUAUGUAAUAUUUUUGCCAACUUAGAGAUGUUCUAUUUAAAAUUUAAAUUAUAAUACAUGUCUUGGUGAAAAA